CUGAAAAAUUAGAAAUGAGUGUCAGCUUUGGUGUUGGUGUUGGUGUUGGUGGGGGUCCUUCUUCUGCUUCCUUGGUGAUUCCACACCAUAGAAAAGUGAAUAGUGUAAGCAUUACUACUAACCACUGUAGUCUUUGUCUCUUAUCUUCUCCUAACUGACACCCUUUACCUUUACCCCACCACCACCAUCCAUGGCAAACAUGGCCUAGCUCACCUAUGUGAGGUACAUUAUGUCACGGAUAAAGAAAUCUCAGAACCCAGACCCUUUUCCUUUUCCGUGAAUUCUUUGAGGGUAUUUGAUCGAUUCCCUCUCACGCUAGUCUGUCAUCAUCAGAUUCUCUCUUCCCUACCCUUUCUGUCAAAUGCCCGGUAUGGAGGCGGUCGACGCCGACGAGGAGGCCAAUGGCGGGGAGGAGGCCGGCAAUCUCAACCGCCAGCGCCGCCAGCGCCGCCGCCAGCGCCGCCGCAGGCCGUCCUUGGCCGCGAGUAGUGAGACCACCACCGACGGGAGCUUCCGCUUCACCGAUUCGGACUCAGAUCAGUCGUGGGCCUCCGUCGUCGGCGGGCCCUACGAGGAAUGCCGGUUUUCCGCGGCGGAGCGGCAUAGACAUAGCAGGAGGAAGUUCCGGUCGGUGCCCGGGUUGGUUUCCGACGAAGAGAUCGAUUUGGAAAGCGGGGAAUUGGAGCUGAAAGCCCGCAAGGAAGAGGAGGAGGAGGAAGAAGAGGAGGAGAGGAGAGAUUGUAGAAUUUGCCAUUUGAGCUUGUCCCGGAGCGGCGGCAUCGGCGGUGACGGUGAACCCGAGCUCUCCUCCGGCGAAGCUAUUGAAUUGGGUUGCUCUUGUAGAGGUGAUCUGGGGACUGCCCACAAACAGUGUGCAGAAACUUGGUUUAAAAUACGAGGGAACACAAUAUGUGAAAUAUGUGGAGAAACUGCGGUCAAUAUUGGCAGAGAGCAGGCGGCAACUGAAGAAAAUGAGAUGAGCAUUGCGGUGCCUUCAACACCAGCGGCAGCAGCAGUCGUCCCACCCGAGACCCAACGCUUUUGGCAUGGUCGGCGCGUCAUGAAUUUUCUGCUCGCUUCUAUGGUCUUUGCCUUUGUCAUCUCAUGGCUAUUUCAUUUCAACCUUCUCCCAUGAAGGAAAGGGUUCCCCCUGUCAAGCAGUCUGUGGAUUUGCAGCCCAAGGUUUUACUUUAUUAAUCAAUCAAUUCAGCAGAGGUUUAUUUGCUGAAAAUGUACUGCACCGCUGGGGGUAUCUUCUUUAAGUGGUUGUAAACGCUAACUUUGAAGCUCAUUGCUUUUAAAUGUUUGUUCUAAGCAGAAGAUGUGAUUCGUUUGUUCUGUACAUAAAUCCUUUCUUGAAGAUUGAACAUUCAUUGUAAUGUAAAUCAGUAUUCCUUCCCCCUGUUGUCGUCUCUAGCAGUCCAUAUAACUAUAUAAGUACUAACAGAGCAGAUGAUUAUGUGUUCCAUCUGAUUGCAUAUCCCUUUUCUUCACUCCAACAA